AUGGACUCUGCCUGGCCCUCGGAUGCCGAAUGGGCAACCCUUAACAAGACGAUCGGCGGCGCCCUCCUUCGGACCACACCCGUCGCCUCCUCCUGCUGGCCUGGCAACCCCUUCAACUCGCCCUACUCUUGCGACGCAGUGAAGGGCAACUGGAGCUCCGGAAUCUUCCACGCCGCACUGCCCGAGUCGAUUGACUACCCCAUUUUUGCCAACAACUCGUGUCUGCCACCAGGGGCUUCAGGUUACGAUGAGAGCAGGGGAUGCGAGCUGGGCGGACUUCCGGAGUACAUUGUCAAUGCAACGACGGCCGAGCAGGUGGCCACGGCGAUGACAUGGGCAGCUGAACGAAACAUCCGUAUCACUGUCAAAGGAACUGGUCACGACAUGAAUGGACGUUCGAGCGGCUCCUACUCCCUCUCCAUCUGGACGCGCAACUUCAACCACAUCGUCCACCACCCCACCUGGACGCUCCCGGACAACACGACGACCAUCCCGCACUCCUUCGCCAUCGGCAGCGGCAACGGCUGGGGCGCCGUGCUCACCAAAGCGCUCUCGCUCGGCCGCGUUGUCACGACCGGCCAAGACGGCUCCGUCGGGCCCGGCGGCUGGGUGCAAGGCGGCGGCGGCCACGGUCCCCUUUCUCGCACCUACGGCCUGGGCGCGCACCAAGUCCUCCAAGCGACCAUCGUGACGACGACGGGCGAGAUCCUGGUCGCCGACGACGAACACAACGCCGACAUCUUCUGGGCCAUUCGUGGCGGCGGCGGCGGCCAGUACGGCGUCGUGACCGAGUACGUCAUCAAGACGCACCCGGCGCCGCAAGCUGUCGUGGGCACGCUGUCCAUCGUGCCCAAGAGCAACGACGAGGCCAGCGUCAACGCCUCCUGGGCCGCCGCGGCGACGCUGCUCUCCAAGCUCCCCGACCUCAUGGACGCAGGCUUCGCCGGCGCCUCGAUGCUGUCGACGGGCGUGUCUGCGACCAAGUUCGUGCCGACGAUCAAGCAGCGCAUCGACGGCGUGGCCGUGAGCCAGGUGCUCUGGGCCUUCAACAUGAGCGCCGCCGCCGUGAACGCCCUCGUCGCGCCUGUCGUCGCUGAGUUGCAGGCCGUGGGCAACAACGCUACGCUCGACGUCUCGUUUUCUGCCGGCAACCAGACCGACUACAAGACCUUCUACAGCAGCAUCUCUGGCAGCAACGCUGCUGGCUCUGGCGCCGUCAUGUCCACCCGCCUGCUAGGCCGCCGCGAGCUGGUCGACACGCCGCUCGAAAAAGUUGAGGAGUACCUGCGCACCGGCGUCUUGCUGGCUCAGAACCAGACCGCGGGCACGUACGUGACCAUCGGCUUGCAAGGUGGUCCGGGUGUUGCGGGCGUGUCUGAGGAGCGUUGGGGCGCUGUUAACCCGGUCUGGCGCGAUACGUACCUGCACGUCAUUACUACAGGCGCCAGUAUGGAUCCGACGGGGCCUGGCGGGCCGAAGCAGGCGUUGAGCGAGGCUGCGGCGUGGAUGGAGGAGCACAAGGAGAAGAUGUGGAGGGAGUGGGCACCCGAGACUGGGGCGUACAUGAAUGAGGCGAACCCCUACAACAGUGAGUGGAAGCAUGACUUCUACGGAUCCACGUAUGAUAAGCUGGUUGAGAUCAAGAAGAAGUAUGAUCCGUCCGAGAGCUUGUACGUGAUCAAUGGCGUUGGAACUGAAGGAUGGGAGUAUGACUUGGACAGUGGGAAGCUUUGCAAGAACGCUUAA